CUUAAUUUUGCUUUCUUUCUUCUUGAUUUUCAAUAGAAUGUUUACAGCUACUGCUCCUUCAGUUUAAACUCGUUCACGCAAGAAUGGUCGCUUUUUCGUGUGGACGUUGAAAUGGUCGGAUUGUUUCUUUUUUUGUGAUGAACAGGGAUACCUCAGUAUCCCAGCGUCAAGCUAUACUCAUGUGGUGGUAUAGCUUGUCCGAACAAAGAGAUGUUGACGUUGUUUGGGCAAAAGUCAAACGUGAGGUAGAGAACAUUCAAAGAAUGAAGACGACCAACCCUCGCUGUUUGCUUGACAAGAUGGCCGUCAAGUUGUUAAACAACUUUUCAAACUUGUCAAAAGACGAAAUUUUUGUGUUGAACUCUUCUUUUUUAUGUCUGCUCAAUUCGAAUUUAAUGGUGCCUUUUUACUCAAACAAUUUAACAACCAAGUACUUGUUUAGCUGUUCUUGCCCUGAAAACUCCAAGCUUUGCAAGCGUAUCUUCUUGGUCAACCGAAUCUUUCAGGUGCCUUUGACUCAGCGCUCAGUGUUAAACACCAUUGCUGAAUUCAAUGUGGAUGCUACCGAGGAGCAAAUGACCAGCAAUCUGGAUAAUGUUGCAAGCAUUUCUGAAGUUUCUACUGGUCCUGUUAACAAUGAUGAUCGCAUUGACUUGCGCUUUGAUGAAUGCAUCAAUGAGGGCAAAAAAAAAACUAUGAUUUGUUAG